AUGCCAAUGUCCUAGGGAUCUUCCACAAGUGACACUCAGCGGCACCAAUUGACUUCCUCCUUCCCGGCAGCCGGUCCCUCCUCCCCCGGCGGGCCUGGCGGGGCGGUGACGCUACGCGACGGCGGCCGAUGCGCUGGCUGUGUGCGGCGCUCCGGCGGCGACGGCGGCUCUCGUAGGCGGUUCCGGUUCUGUGUCUCGGGGCGGUGGCAGCUCAUGGCGGCGACGGAGCUGAGAGGAGUGGUGGGGCCGGGCCCGGCAGCCAUUGCAGCUCCGGGCGGUGGGGGCACUGGUCCCCCGGUGGUGGGAAGCGGAGGCGGCCGCGGAGACUCGGCGCCAGGCUCUGGGGCCGCGCCGGGCACUGUCGCCACGGCGUCUGCGAGCGGCCCGGGCCCCGGGGCCGGGGCAGUGGCGGCGGCGGGCCCAGCCCCAGCACCUCCGCCUGGGGGCUCGGGCGGCUCGGGCGGCUCGGUCGCUGGGGGUUCGGGCUCGGCUCGAGAAGGCUGGCUCUUCAAAUGGACCAAUUAUAUCAAAGGCUACCAGCGGCGUUGGUUCGUGCUGAGCAACGGGCUACUAAGCUACUACAGGUCAAAGGCAGAAAUGAGACACACCUGCCGUGGUACCAUCAACCUGGCCACAGCCAACAUCACUGUGGAGGACUCCUGCAACUUCAUCAUCUCCAAUGGGGGUGCUCAGACCUACCAUCUGAAGGCCAGCUCAGAAGUGGAGCGGCAGCGCUGGGUGACGGCCCUGGAACUGGCCAAGGCCAAGGCUGUGAAGAUGCUGGCAGAAUCAGAUGAGUCAGGAGAUGAAGAGUCUGUCUCACAAACUGACAAAACAGAGCUGCAGAAUACCCUUCGGACCCUGUCCAGCAAAGUGGAGGACCUGAGCACAUGCAAUGACCUGAUAGCCAAGCACGGCACCGCGCUGCAGCGCUCCCUCAGUGAGCUGGAGUCCCUGAGGCUGCCUGCUGAGAGCAACGAGAAGAUCAAGCAGGUCAACGAACGGGCCACACUCUUCAGGAUCACAUCCAAUGCCAUGAUCAACGCUUGUAGAGAUUUUCUUACGUUAGCCCAGACCCAUAGUAAAAAAUGGCAGAAGUCACUGCAGUAUGAGCGAGACCAGAGGAUCCGGCUGGAGGAGACCUUGGAGCAGUUGGCAAAGCAGCAUAACCAUCUGGAGAGGGCUUUCCGAGGAGCCACGGUGCUGCCGGCACACCCUUCUGGCAGUGCGGGUCCAGGCAAAGAUCAGUGCUGCUCCGGCAAAGGAGACAUGAGUGAUGAGGAUGAUGAGAAUGAAUUUUUUGAUGCUCCUGAGAUCAUCACCAUGCCUGAAAAUUUGGGCCACAAACGUACUGGCAGCAACAUCAGUGGAGCCAGCAGUGACAUCAGCCUUGAUGAACAGUACAAGCAUCAACUGGAAGAGACCAAGAAGGAAAAGAGAACUAAAAUACCAUACAAACCCAACUAUAGUCUCAAUCUGUGGAGCAUCAUGAAGAACUGCAUCGGAAAAGAACUCUCUAAGAUCCCCAUGCCGGUAAACUUUAAUGAACCCUUAUCCAUGCUUCAGCGCCUUACUGAAGAUCUGGAAUACCAUGAGCUGUUAGAUCGAGCUGCAAAAUGUGAGAACUCUCUAGAACAGCUCUGUUAUGUUGCAGCUUUCACCGUGUCUUCCUACUCCACUACUGUCUCCCGUACCAGCAAGCCAUUCAACCCACUCCUUGGGGAGACUUUUGAACUAGACCGAUUAGAAGAGAACGGGUUCCGAUCCAUCUGUGAGCAGGUGAGUCAUCAUCCCCCGGCUGCUGCACACCAUGCUGAGUCAAAAAAUGGCUGGACAUUGCGUCAGGAAAUCAAAAUCACCAGCAAGUUUCGAGGCAAAUACCUCUCCAUUAUGCCACUUGGUACCAUCCACUGUAUUUUCAAGGAAACUGGCCACCACUACACUUGGAAGAAAGUUACCACAACGGUGCACAACAUUAUCGUGGGCAAGUUGUGGAUAGAUCAGUCUGGUGAAAUUGAUAUUAUAAAUCACAAGACAGGAGACAAGUGCAAUCUUAAAUUUGUUCCUUAUAGCUACUUUUCUCGGGAUGUAGCAAGAAAGGUGACAGGGGAAGUGACAGAUCCAUCAGGGAAGGUUCACUUUAUCCUGCUGGGGACGUGGGAUGAGAAAAUGGAUUGUUUCAAAGUCCAGCCUGUCGCUGGGGAAAAUGGGGGUGAUGCUCGACAGAGAAGCUGUGAAGCAGAGGAGAGCAGGGUCAUGCUGUGGAAAAGGAACCCCUUGCCGAAGAAUGCAGAAUACAUGUACUACUUCUCAGAGCUUGCUCUGACUCUCAAUGCCUGGGAAGCUGGCACUGCCCCCACAGACAGCCGAUUGCGGCCCGACCAGAGGCUGAUGGAAAAUGGGCGCUGGGAUGAAGCCAAUGCUGAGAAGCAGCGCCUGGAAGAAAAGCAGAGACUCUCCAGAAAGAAGAGAGAAGCAGAAGCUGUGAAAGCCACGGAGGAUGGCACACCCUACGAUCCCUACAAGGCACUGUGGUUUAAGCGGGAGAAGGACCCCAUUACCAAGGAGUUAACCCAUACUUACAGGGGAGGAUACUGGGAGUGUAAAGAAAAGCAGGAGUGGACCGCCUGCCCGGACAUCUUCUGAACUGACAGUAACGAAAAGGAGGAGCAGUCAAAGGCCAAGAGGACAGAGGAUGUGCAGGAAAGCUGGCUGCUGGGACCCUCUUACCCAGGGCUUUCCUCGAGUUUGUCUGUCUUAACCAAUCAUUUUUUUCCAAAUCAAUCACCAGAAGCAGACACCAGUGGUGGUGAUUGGCUGGUUGCCUUAGCUGAUUGAAACUGAAAUCAACAUACUAGAUACCCAUGUUCGUAAGGGAGAGGCUUAGUGGCUGAAAGGUAGUGUUAUUCCACAUCUGCAAAGUCAGGUAUUCUUGGCUCUUCCUUCUCCCUCUGCCCCUGUGGAAGGUGACGUCAUCCAGCCUCCCCUGUCGUGUCCUGCUCAGCCAAGAUCUACACUCGAUUAUGAUGCAGGGGCAUUUUGGUGCUGCUCAGAGCAAGAGCUGGUUUAAGAAGUUCCUUUAAAAAGAAACACGUAACACUCACCAGCAGAGGCAUAUGGCUGCGGAGGAGCUUAGGCAUGACGAUAUGAAACUUUCACCAGGGGGCCCCUCUCAUGGGUGUCCGUGCGCAGAUAACUGCAUCUUGGAACACUCGCCAGGGGGAUUGUUCUGUAAGGUUGGAACAUUCAGUUACAUUCUUGGAAGUUUCUAUCUUCACUCACGUAAAACACCCUCUGCUGUUCUCCAUCUUCUUUGUCAGCAACCGGAGGUCACUUCGGUGGUUGUCGGAGGGUUGCAGUGUCCUCACGAGGGGUUUUAUGGACUUGCUCAGGCGGAGAACUUCUGAGAACACAGGCAGCUGGAAGAAGACUGCCGCCACCUUUGCUUUCCCACUUCCUCCUCACCCCCAUCCUUCAUUGCCUUGCUCACUUCUCUUCUCUCUUGGCACAGCACCAGUUUGGGUCUGUGCUCCAGAGUGGAGCAAAACAUUACCUGUCCCGUUCUGCUCUGCAGAACUUGAGAGAAGCAGUUCAUCUGGAAUAAAAGUUGUCACCAUCUCUCAAACCCCACGGACUGGAGCCACCUAUGGAAUAAUGUGUUAAAUAACUGUAUAUUAUAUAUAUGUAGAGAAAAAUCUAAUUUUUUUGUUUGAUUUUCCUUAUGCCCAUUAAGAAUCUUGUUUUUGAUA